GUUGGGAUUGGGAUUGGGAUCGUACCGAAACAAGACCCGCCUACGUCGCGUUCAGAGCCGGAGUGGAGCCCUGUGCUCUGUUUCGGUGGAGAAGACCAGGCACCAAGCACCAUCACACACAAAGCAGCAACUCCUCCUACCCCCGUUACAGGACGGAAGAAUUCCAAAUUCCAUGCCCGACAUGAUGGUGGAAUGAAUCGGGCAGGCGGCCAAUCAGUCCGCCUUAUUUAGGCGCCGCGUUUUGUCCCCGUCGACCACGUCCGCCAUGGCCGCCUUCGUCGUCUCCCCUAGUCAGCUGCACCUCGUCCUUCUCCUGUCGUGGCUCCUCUGCGCCGCCGGCGCCCUCGGUUUCUUGCCCCGCCAUGUUGCCGCGGCGAGGGUGGGGGCGGGGAGCUACGUCACCGUCUCCGCCGCCAGUCUCGCGGCGUCGGGCACCACCUGCGACGAUCCCGGGCCAGCGAUCGCGCCGCGGCAGCUGAUCAACGGCACGUCGGCGGUGCUGCGGCUGGCGCACCGGCACGGGCCGUGCGCGCCGUCGCGGUCGUCGGUGCAGGCGGGGCCGCCGUUCGCCGAGGUGCUACGCGCGGACCAGCUGCGCGCGGAGUACAUCCAGCGGAGGGUGUCCGGCGCGCGCGGUAACCUGAAGCUGACUGCCAGUUCCAGGCCCGCGACGGUGCCGGCCACCAUGGGGUACUCCAUCGGCACGCUGCAGUACGUGGUGACGGUGAGCCUGGGCACGCCGGGGGUGCCGCAGACGGUGGAGCUGGACACGGGCAGCGACGUGUCGUGGGUGCAGUGCAAGCCCUGCGCCCCGCCCGCGUGCUACAGCCAGAAGGACCCGCUCUUCGACCCGGCGGGGUCGUCCACCUACUCCGCCGUGCCCUGCGCCGCGGACGCGUGCCUGGAGCUGGAGAUCUUCGGGGAGGGCUGCUCCUCGUCGCAGUGCAGGUACGUGGUCAGCUACGGCGACGGCUCCAACACCACCGGCGUGUACGGCUCCGACACGCUCACGCUGUCCCCGGGCAACACGCUUUCGCCGUUCCUCUUCGGCUGCGGCUACGCGCAGACGGGGCUGUUCGCCGGCAUCGACGGGCUACUAGGGCUCGGCCGGCAGUCCAUGUCCCUCAAGUCGCAGGCGGCGGGCGCGUACGGCGGGGUCUUCUCCUACUGCCUCCCGCCCAAGGAGACCUCCACGGGGUACCUGACGCUGGGCGCGCCGAGCACCGCGGCGGGGUUCGCCACCACGGCGCUCCUCACGGCGUGGAACGCGCCCACGUUCUACAUGGUGAUGCUGACCGGCAUCAGCGUCGGCGGGCAGGCGGUGGGUGGCGUGCCGACGUCGGUGUUCGCGGGCGGCACGGUGGUGGACACGGGCACGGUGGUCACGCGGCUGCCGCCCACGGCGUACGCGGCGCUCAGGUCGACGUUCCGGACCGCCAUGGCGCGCUACGGGUACCCGUCCGCGCCGCCCAUCGGGAUCCUGGACACGUGCUACGACUUCAGACGGUACGACGCCGUGACGCUGCCGACGGUGGCGCUCGCGUUCGCCGGCGGCGCAACGCUGGCCCUGGAGGCGCCGGGGAUCCUGUCGAGCGGGUGCCUCGCGUUCGCGCCCAACGCCGGCGACGGCGACGCGGCCAUCCUCGGGAACGUGCAGCAGCGGUCCGUCGCCGUGCGCUUCGACGGCAGCUCCGUCGGGUUCAUGCCCGGCGCCUGCUAGCUGAUCCAUCCGCACUCAUCGAUUAUUUGACCUUAUUUGAUGACACUAGGAGUAUGUAGGUGUAUAAACGAACAUACGGUACAUGGUACACCUGUAGUGUACGAAUACGAAAAGGUAGACACAUACGGGCACGAUGAUUAGCUAGGUUCUUAAUUUGGUUGGUCGAUCUAGAUCAUGGAAUACAGUUUCAGCGGGGAAUAAUCGAGCUAACCAGAGAGUGGCGUGUUGACGCUCGACACCAUUCGU